UUUAUGCUAGUGUACUCAAUAUAUUAAUUUUCUAUUAGAAUUGAUAAUUAUUAAUCAUAUAAAAGUGUUUUAAAAUCAUUAUAACAGGGUCCUUCAUAAUUAUUCAGAAUGGAAGAAAUUAUUACUGAUGAAAUAAUUGAUAUACCACCAAUUGAAUCAGAAACAAUUUUAAUUAAAUCAGAAACAAAUGAUCUAAAAAUUGAUGAAUCUGAUGUUCUCGCGUCGGAGGAAAUGCAAGAAGAUGAGGACAUCGAUUUAGAUGAGGAAGCUGAAGAUGAUGAAGAGAUUUUAAAUGAUGGAUCUGCAGAGAUUACAGACGUUAAAAUGAUUGAAUGUCCUGUUUGUAGAUUGAAUGUUAUAUCAUUUAUGAUGGAAGAACAUAAGAAUACAUGUUCGGGAGCAGAUGAAACUAUAUUAGGAACGGCUGAUAAUUAUUCAAUUGAAAAUGAUGAUGAUCUCGACGAAGAAGAUCGUAAAGAUAUUAGUUUAAAUACUGAAACCGAUGAGAAUGGUGAGAAUGAUGGAGAGGACGGUGAUGGCGAUGAGAAUAAGAUUUAUAAAUGUCCAAAUCAAGGUUGUGUCAAAGUUUACAAAAAGAAAUUUUAUUUAAGUCGACAUUUAAAGCAUACCAAUUGUACGGGCACCCAAGUUAAAUAUGAAUGCAAGGUGUGUGGUAGAGCGUAUUCACGACCAGACAAUUUACGGGCUCAUUUAAAAUCCGCUCACGUUGAUAAUAAACUUGUUGUGAAAGAUAAAUCUGUAGCUUGUCCACAUUGUGAUAAAGUUUUGAAAAAUAAAGCAAUUUUAUUGGUGCAUAUGCGAAUUCAUACUGGUGAAAAACCAUAUCAAUGUGAUGUUUGUCCAAAAGCAUUUCCAACAAGCGGUGCUUAUCAAAAACAUAAACGAGUACAUACUGGAGAAAGACCAUUUAUGUGUCCACAGUGUAAACGUCGAUUUACAGCGAAAGAAGUAUUAAAUCGACAUAUGAAAACACAUUCAGCAGUGAAACCGCACGUAUGUAUGUUCUGCAAUAAGAGUUUUGUACAAGCAAUGCAGCUACGUGCGCACAUGUUCCAUCACACCGGUGAAUAUUCAUGUAUUUGUAAAACUUGUGGAGCUGCGUUUAGUAAACAAAAUGCUCUCACGUUACACGUCAAAUACGAACAUGAAGGAGCGAAACCAUUGGAAUGUGAAGUUUGCAAGAAAACGUUUUUAACGAAAAACUUUUUGGUUCGACAUCAAAUUAUACAUUCUGGAGUGAAAGAACACGAAUGUCCAAAUUGCAAAAAACGUUUUAUCUCGAAGCCAGCCUUAAAAACACACAUGCUGACACAUACGGGGGAGAAGCCGUACGAGUGUAAAGAGUGUCAUGCAAAAUUUGCUGCAAAAGAAACAUUAAAUCGUCAUGUACGCACUCAUACCAAUAAUAAACCGCAUGAAUGUAAUUUUUGUGGGCGAAGAUUUAUACAAUUAGUACAAUUACGUGCUCAUUUAUUUUACCACACUGGUCAAUUUGGUUAUGAAUGUGAACAUUGUGGUAAAACAUUUAAUCGACGAUUACGUUUGACCAUACACAUGAAAUAUGUACACGAAGGUGAACCACCGAUGAAGUGUACACAUUGUGACAAGACAUUUAUACGUAAAGAGGAUUUAGCAAGGCAUACCAUGAUUCAUACUGGUCGAAAAGAUCAUGAAUGCCCGCAAUGUAAGAAACGUUUCUACUCGAAGAGCUCAUUAAAAUUCCAUCUAUUAACGCAUCGUAAAGAAGAGCCACGUAUAUGUCACGAUUGUGGACGUGCUUUUAUCCGCUUAGAUUGUUUGAUACGUCAUUUACGUGCAAAACAUCGUGAUGAAUUCGAUAAUGUAUUAUCGAGUAUUGAAAAAGAGAAGUUACGUGGUUACAUUAUGAAUAUAAACGAUGAAAAGUCGGAAAAAACCGAUAUCAAAUUUGAAUAUAUCGAAGAUAUGUACAUAAAAAAUCUACAAAAAUUAUUACUCAUGUUAAUUGAGCACUCAACUUUACAACAAUUUGGAUGGCCUGAUGAACCAAUUGAUAAAAUUUUGGAUUCGUUAAUUAUACGUUGUGGUUCGGUGCCCGUUGUCGACGAUAAUUUAGAAUAUAUUGAUCGAUUACGUGAGAAUACUAAAUUAUUAUUUGCAGUUAUUCUUAAUGAUAAUUUUUUGGAGUCUUUACUCAAUAAUAAAUCCGUCGAUGAGGUUAUAGAACAUAUUUUACGUUUAGCUGGUGAUUCUGAUGAGAAAAUUGAAGACAUAUUAGCAUAGUUUUUAGCAUUUUUUUUUUUUAGAUAUUAUUUUUAAAGGGUGACACUCACAUAAGUAUCCGCAAAGGUUGGGAUACCUCAGAGUAAUAGAAUUUCGUCCACUAAGAAUAAAUCGGUUGGAUAAAAGUUUCUAAUGAUUAAUCAUGAAUUGUA